AUGUCGAACGACGAGUGGGCGAGGCAGCGCAAAGAUAACCACAAAGAGGUCGAGCGCCGACGCAGGGGCAAUAUCAACGACGGCAUCAACGAGCUUGGCCGGAUCGUGCCGAAUGGGACGGGCGAGAAGGCGAAGGGCGCGAUCCUAUCGCGCGCGGUGCAGUACAUUCACCAUCUGAAGGAGAACGAGGCGCGGAACAUCGAGAAGUGGACGCUCGAGAAGCUGCUCAUGGACCAGGCGAUGGGCGACCUUCAGGCGCAGCUGGAGGAAGUGAGGAGAGCGUGGGAGGAGGAGCGG